AUAUAGAUAAAUAAUAAAGCCAUCAAUUGGGAAAUCCAUUUUCUUCCGUGUCUUGUUUCUUCUCUGCAUCCUUUGGGAUCUCUUGCAUAGACCAACCCCAGAAGAAGAAGGAAAAAAAUAAAAAAAAAUAAAAAUCAACCCUUUUUGUAAAUCCCCACCUUUUGUUCUGCUAAAGAUUUUAUUUUUCAUUUUUAGUUUCUGCAAUUUAUCUUUCUGGAUCUUAAUUGGGUUUGAUCUUUCUCUUUCAAUUUGUUGGUGAUUAUGUUGUUGUGUUUUUGGAUUGUAAUUUUCCCAAGAAAAUUCAUGAAUUUUUAUGGUGAUUGAAUUUUGUUCAGGGUUUGGAUUUGGGGGUUAGGUUUAGGGUUUGUUUUGAAUUGUUGUGGUGAUUGGAUGUUGAUCUGGGGUUUGUGCCCGCCACGUAUGACUUUCCUUUCGAUUUAAUUGGGUAUUGGAAAUUGGAACGUAGUUUAUCCCCAAUCUUUUAUGGGAUUCCUUUCUAUUUCUUCAUUCCAGAUGUUUCUAACUUUUUGUGUUUGAUUUGGUGAUUGGAUGGUGUGCAAUUGGAAUAUUUUACAAUUGCCAUGUCUGUUAUUGAAACAGAGAUUUUCUGCGUGGAAAUCAUUACAAUUUUGCUUGGUUAUCUGUUUAAAUUUGUUCAGUAGAUGCCUUGUUUGAGCAAAUAAGUCCCUGUUGUUCAUGAAUCUUGAGAGCUUGCAAAACUUUGUGGUUUGAUACUGCUGUAUGGGAUUUUGUUAGUUUUGUCAUGUCUAUUUUUUAUUCUAUUGGUUUCUACUUGGUAUUUGUUAUAUGGUCAAAGAAUCGAAUUUGAUACUCUAUGCUAUGGUCCAUGUCCAUGUGAUUGGUUAUAUGACUUUAAUAGUGCUUAAUGCUUCCAUGCUUUUGGACUUUUGAAGGGUAUGUGGGAUAGACACCCUGAAUGUGUAAAAUUUGAUUUGAUGAUCUUAAGUAGUUGUAAUGUGGACACCUUGGUUGUAUUGGAUAGUAGGAAGAAUUCCUGUACCUAACUUUUUUGUGGCUAUUAUCGAUGUCAUAAGAUCCCAUAUUUACAAACCCACCCUGAUAAUGUCUUUGUAAUUUCCUAAAUUUUUCUGUCUCUAAGUAAUGACACCAACCUGCUGUACUGGAAAAUAAGUCUAGUGGCACAAUACAUCAGAAGAGUUGCUUCUGUAACAAUAAUGCAUUUAAGUUCUUUUGUUUCUUAUUUACUAUCUUGCAUUCUUUCUUAAUGUUCAUUUAAGUUUUAGUCAAAUAACUAGACAAAACUCCUUCCUCCAUUUAUAUCAUUUCAUAGUAUCAGUUCCAUUCCUACCCUCUUCUAGGUUGAAUUACACUAUUGCAGACAGCCAUUUCUUUGCAUGAUCUUUGAUGCAAGACAAUAUAAAUGGAAUUCAUUGACUAGCCUAGAACGCAGAAUCCAUGUUAUGACUUGUGAUCUAGCAUAUUAAGUGAUUCACCGAUGAACACAUUAGAAUAGAAAACUCCCCCAAUAUCAUCUUGUUCAAAGUAUAGUGUUGUAUUGAUGAAUCAGUUUGAUUGAAGUGACCUUAUUUCUCUGUUUAUAGGGUUCUAUUUCUAACUGCUGAUUCCUAUAUUUUAAAUUUAAUUGAUUCUGAAAUUUAUCAGAUUGAAAUCUUGUGUUGCUGAACGUAGUCUGUUUCUUCCUUUUUUGGUGGUGUACCCGCAGAUUUUGGGGCUUGUUGGUGAUUCUGUUGUACAGAAGUGUUCGUUAGUUAUACAUUUGUUCAAGAUUGUUGUAUAGAUUGAUUCAUUAUUUUAACGUACUUUGGAGCAUUGCAUGAGUGAUUGCCCUCUGAUUCUUUUGUGAAGUCAACUAAAGUCCCUAUAAUUACAAACUGAGAUUCAGAAGCCUCCGGUAGGGGUAUAGCUAGAGCUUAUUGCCUUGUAGUUAACACAGUGUGAAGAAGAUGGCUGGUAUUAAGAGAAGAUUAUGUAGUGAUUCAGAUAUUCAUGCUCUUCACAAAGAAUUGGAUGAAGUUUCAUGUCCUAUCUGCAUGGACCAUCCACAUAAUGCUGUUCUCCUCCUUUGCAGCUCUCAUGAGAAGGGCUGCAGAUCUUACAUUUGUGAUACAAGUUAUAGACAUUCAAAUUGCCUGGACCGAUUUAAAAAAAUGAGGGACAAUUCUAAGGAGAACCAAAAUUUACCCAGUUCUUUAGUAAACACAAACAAUUCUGGUAAUAGUUUUGAUGUUAACAUUACUGUGCAAUCUGACAUGCAUGAUGUUAAUGAUCUCCAUCAAAAUGAAAUUAAUACUCUAUUAUCUGUUGGACUUGCUCAAGGAUCAAGACAGGGUGAUGCCCAAGAUCCAAGUAGGCAUUUAGACCAACAUGAUGAAGGGAUUUUAGAAACUGCUGAUUCUGAGACCUUGCAGGACAGGGCUGUGCUUGAGGAUUUAGAUGCAGAUGCAUCUGAGUCAAAAUUAAACUUGAAAUGCCCUUUAUGUAGAGGCUCAGUAUUGAACUGGGAGGUGGUUGAAGAGGCUAGAAAUUAUCUGAACAUGAAGAAGAGAAGUUGCUCAAGGGACUCGUGCUCAUUUGUUGGUGAUUAUCUGGAAUUGCGUAGGCAUGCAAGGAGAGUUCAUCCUACUUCUCGUCCCUCUAAUGUUGAUCCUACAAGAGAAAGAGCCUGGCGACAUUUUGAGCGCCAAAGAGAAUAUGGUGAUAUUGUGAGUGCUAUUCAGUCUGCCAUGCCUGGAGCUGUGCUAGUUGGGGACUAUGCUCUUGAGAACGGAGAUGGUAUUGGUAGGUUACAAGAUGAACGUGUUGAAGGCAACAUUGACAAUGCUAACAGGCCUUGGUUAGCCACCACUAUCUUGUUUCAGAUGAUGGAUAGCACCAUUGAAAUUGUUAGGGAACCAAGAGCACAUUCGAGUGCAUGGACAAGGCACCGUCGUUCAUCUGAACGUCGGCGCUAUCUGUGGGGUGAGAGUUUACUGGGUCUUCAUGAUAAUGACAUUGAGGAUGAUCUACGUAUAUUUAGGGAUGCAGGUGAAGAUGCAUCUCCUGUGCCAAGGAGGCGUCGGCGUUUGACCCGGACAAGGUCCAAUGAAGAUCAACCUUGAUGACUGCCAUAAUUUUACCUGAAUUGUCUGAACAGCAUGCAGAACUUGUUCAAAGUUUUGUACUGGAAACAUGCAUUAAUGUACCAGCUUUGGACCCAGUAGAGUAUGCUGAAGCAGCAAGUUCAGAAUAAAUCAUGGUCAAAUCCUUAAACACAAGUUUAAUUGAAACAAGGAAAAUUGCUAGGAGGAUGUUUUCAAAGAACCCUUUAAUGUAAAGACAUUUAGCCUUGGGCACGCUAAACAUCUGGGUGAUUUGGAAGGUUAUUGCACAGUUAAUAUUUGUAUUAUUAUGUAUAACUUGUACUGUAAGUCUAUGUUGUUCAAUUCUUAUCUAAUCUCUUCUACUAAUUUUUUUUGUUUUAAGCUUGAGAAUAUUGUGUGAUUCUUAUGAGGCACAUUGUAUAUCUGUUUGCUGGGGUAUAAUGAAAAAUCUAGACAAGUACCCUCAUCUGAAA